UCCAAACAAGUUUGUUCUUUUAAUUACAUCAGUAAUGCUCUCAACUUCCGUGAGUGUCACGUCUCGUCUCCUUUCUUUGAAAAUUUAUCGGGGUCUAGGUUCUAUUCCGGCACCAUUGUAUGAUUCCAUAAUCGAGCCUUUAGGGCUCCCAUCCAAUGAUAAUCUCCACAGGAGUAGAAAUGGCGUUCGUGUCUUUGAUCUCCUCGAGGGCAAUGGUAUUACCGCUUUGAGACGUCUCUACAACAUGCUGCUCAAGGAAUGUACAGUCUCCAAGCGAGUUGAUCAGGGAAAGAUCGUGCACGCCCAUGUUGCCAAGUCUCUGUUCCGAUGUGAGGUUGUUAUGAACAACACUCUCCUCAACAUGUAUGCUAAAUGCGGAAGCUUGGAAGAGGCUCGCAAGGUGUUCGACAAAAUGCUUCAAAGAGACUUUGUCACGUGGACCACUUUGAUUUCUGGUUACUCACAGCAUGGUCGACCCAUUGAUGCGCUCGUCUUGUUUAUUCAGAUGCUUAGCGAUGGGUUUAUUCCUAAUGAGUUCACGUUGUCCAGCGUUGUUAAAGCUGCAGCAGCUGAGCCUCGAGGAUGCUGUGGUCAGCAACUUCACGGGUUCUGUCUCAAGUGCGGGUUUUAUUUGAAUGUUCACGUUGGUAGCUCUCUUCUUGACAUGUACACUCGCUAUGGUCUUAUGGAUGAUGCGCAGCUGGUAUUCGAUGCGCUUGAGAGUAGGAAUGAUGUUUCUUGGAAUGUUCUGAUCGCUGGCCACGCGAGGAGGUGUGGUACAGAGAAGGCUCUUGAGCUUUUUCAACGAAUGCUUAGAGAGGGUUUCAGACCUUCCCAUUUCUCCUACUCCAGCAUCUUUGGCGCUUGUUCCAGUACAGGGUUCUUGGAGCAAGGGAAAUGGGUGCAUGCUUAUAUGAUUAAAUCAGGUGAAAAGCUUGUGGCUUUCGCAGGAAACACUCUUAUUGACAUGUAUGCGAAGUCAGGAAGCAUCCAUGACGCGAGAAAAAUAUUUGAUAGAUUGGCUAAGAGGGAUGUUGUGUCUUGGAACUCGCUCCUCACUGCUUAUGCUCAACAUGGAUUUGGAAGAGAAGCGGUUUGCUUGUUUGAAGAAAUGAGAAGGGAUGGGAUUACUCCCAAUGAGAUAUCUUUUCUCUCUGUGCUUACAGCUUGUAGCCAUUCUGGUCUUUUAGAUGAAGGUUGGCAUUACUUUGAACUGAUGAAGAGAGAUGGGAUAGUACCCAAGGCUUGGCACUAUGUUACAAUUGUUGAUCUUCUUGGGCGUUCUGGUGAUCUUGACAGGGCACUUAGAUUUAUCAGAGAGAUGCCAAUAGAACCCACUGCAGCCAUCUGGAAAGCCCUGCUUAACGCUUGUAGGAUGCAUAAGAAUGUGGAAUUGGGAGCCUAUGCAGCCGAGCAUGUGUUUGAACUCGACCCUGAUGACCCUGGUCCCCAUGUAAUACUAUACAACAUCUACGCCUCAGGUGGCAGAUGGAACGAUGCUGCAAGAGUGAGAAAGAAGAUGAAGGAAAAUGGAAUUAAGAAAGAACCUGCGUGCAGCUGGGUAGAGAUUGAGAACGCAAUCCACAUGUUUGUAGCGAAUGAUGAACGUCAUCCGCAGAGGGAGGAGAUUAGUCGCAAGUGGGAGGAGAUUUAUGCGAAGAUCAAGGAUUUGGGAUAUGUGCCAGACACCAGCCAUGUAGUUGUCCAUGUGGAUCAACAGGAGAGGGAAGUGAAUUUACAGUAUCACAGCGAGAAAAUUGCGUUGGCGUUUGCGCUUUUAAACACCCCUCCUGGUUCAACCAUACACAUAAAGAAGAACAUACGGGUUUGUGGAGAUUGCCACUCAGCAAUUAAGUUGGUUUCAAAGGUGGUUGAGAGGGAGAUCAUUGUGAGGGAUACAAAUAGGUUCCACCAUUUUAGGGAUGGUAGUUGUUCUUGUGGGGAUUAUUGGUAGUGAUAACUGAAGUAGAAUCAGUGGCUUCUUCAGCUGAUGUUACCUUCUCCUCUCGUUGAAGACGCAGACAGAUUUCAGGAGUAUACAACUCAAAAUCACGAGCUAAACUCUUCCAUGAAGUUGCUUAUGUCGUUAAAAGAAGACCCUCCUUCCUCCACGGCCG